CGAGGGGGGGUCUAUUGGGGUGGGGACUACAACUCCCAGCGUGCCCCGGGGCGGGUGGAAGAGGGAAGAUGGCCGAGUACCUGGCCUCCAUCUUCGGCACCGAGAAAGACAAGGUUAACUGCUCUUUUUACUUUAAGAUCGGGGCUUGUCGUCAUGGAGACAGGUGUUCCCGCCUCCACAACAGACCCACCUUCAGCCAGACCAUCGUGCUGCUGAAUCUGUAUCGGAACCCCCAGAAUACGGCCCAGUCGGCAGAUGGCUCGCACUGUCAUGUCAGCGAUGUGGAAGUGCAGGAGCAUUAUGACAAUUUCUUUGAGGAGGUCUUCACAGAGCUGGAGGAGAAGUAUGGGGAGAUUGAGGAGAUGAACAUUUGUGACAACCUUGGGGACCACCUGGUCGGCAACGUCUAUGUCAAGUUCCGGCGGGAGGAGGACGCCGAGCGGGCCGUGGGGGAGCUGAACAAUCGCUGGUUCAAUGGCCAGGCCGUGCGGGCCGAGCUGUCCCCGGUCACCGACUUCCGCGAGUCCUGCUGCCGCCAGUACGAGAUGGGGGAGUGCACGCGCGGAGGGUUCUGCAACUUCAUGCACCUGCGGCCCAUAUCCCGGGAGCUGCGCCGGCAGCUCUAUGGGCAGAGCCGGCGGCGGCGGGCCCCAUCCCCAUCGCGUUCCCACGACCGGCCCCAUGGCAAGAAACGCCAGCGCUCGCCUGACCAUCGCUAUGGACGCUUCUGACCCCUCCCCAGGCUCCUUGCCUCACCUAGCCCCGCCCAGCCACCAGGUCACCUGACCUGCCCUAGACCCAGCAGAAGUGCAGCUGCUGCAGUCCCCACGGUGGGAGGGUUUGGGGAUCCCUAAGGCCCCUCUCUAUUUACAUUCUGCUAGUGUAACCCUGCGCAGCCCAUGAGUGUACUGGGGGGCCUCUCCCCAGCUGUGGAGUCGGUAGGACCCAGGCAUCCGGGGAGGACUGCUCAGGGAGUGACGGUCUGAACGUUGUCCCUCCCCCCGCGUGGGAUGUAAUGAUGAGAGCUGGAAUAAACUAGACAUGAUCCACCCCA